GGUGUAAUUCAUCUACUGUACCCUGUGACUUUCUUUCUUUAUAAUUUUUUUUGUGCUUUAUUGAGAUUUUUUUUCUGUUAAUCUCUCUCUCGAUUUGAUCACUCAAAGAAGAGUGAGUGAGGAUCAAACAAUCAUAUCAAUGGCGUCUCCAACACCAACGAGAAUCUGGUUCCGUAUACUGAUCCUGAUCUCUUUAAUGGUGGUUCUCUUCUACGUCGGCCGUCCUCUCUACUGGAAAAUCUCCGCAACCAUCCACGAUAUCCGCCACAAUAAGCAAUCCGUCAGAGAAGGUAUAUCGCAGAUCGUACAAGAAGCUCAGAGAUCGGUGGGAUGGUACCACGACGAGUCGGAUUCUGGAUUGUUAGAGGUUCAUAACAAGAAAUCAAGAGUCUCCACCUCUCGGAAGCUUCUUCUUUUCGCCGGAGAUCAGUGAGAAAAAAAAAAUCAUCGUUGGUUUCUUGAAUAAUUUGUAGUGUUGUGUUUGUUGUCUGUGUGUAAUGUUUUGAUCAGAUCGCCACUUUAGAAGAACAUAAUCAAGUUCUAUACGUCGACGUUUCGUGAUUCGUAUUCCGACAAACAUGAUGUUCUUAAUAAGGUAUAUAUAUUAAACUAUAAAAGAGAGCUUGUGUAUUUCUGUUUGUAUAAGCUUUUGCUUGAAACUUGUUUACGAGUCUAGUUGAUGUGCUAACUUGUUUACUGUAACAUUAUAAAUCCG